AUGAAGCCGUCCAAGCACAUAAUGUCUGCAAGUUCUACCUGGGCAAAUGUUCCGCAACUGAUGUAUCAAAAAGGGCUGCUGAAGUCACCCUUGUCACAUAGACUGAAAGAGCGACGUGAUAGAAAACUAGCGUGUGACAAAGCUGAGCCCAUGGUCUUAAGAUCUCCACCGGCAGGAGAAUCCCUUUUACGAUACGCUUUGCCUAUUCCCUCGAGUAAGACACAAGACCUACUGGGGAAGGAUGAAAAGAUUAAGAUGAUCACCAAACGUCUGGGCAUGCUUGUUUCUAGUUUGGAAGAAACAUUUGGGUUAAACACUCAAGAAGGAGAAGAAGAAACAGCUAUAGGACCUCAGCAGGAAGAGGUUGAAGAGAAUAUGAAAUCAUUCUUGAUGUGUUGUUCACAUUUAGCAGCGCAGCUGGAAUCAGCGGUUAAACAGGAACAUACCAUUCUGGGAUCUCUUUCUAAGUGGUUUCAUGGACAAGUCAGUCAGCUAUAUGAAGAAUUGGAACAAGGUCAGGAGAUCCUAAGUCAAGAUCCAGCUCUUCUAGAACUUGCAGCAGCUAAUCAGCCAGUCACUCCAAGCACUGCACACAUUUUGCAGAAUGAAGAUGAACCUAGAAGGCAUUCUUGGCAGGAAUCUGUACCCAUCAUGAAUUCAGAAAAUUCACCUGUAGUUGUGAAAAGCUAUGAAACGGUAAAGCAUCAAAUUGAAGAUGCUGCUUAUUCAAUGACAACUAAGUUGGAUAUGAUGUUGGAGAUAUUUGAAAAGCACUCAAAUAUGUGGAAGAGAACUAUGAAAGAGCGAGGUGUAUUGGAGGCUAAAUACAAACAGAUACAGAGUGAUCUUGAAUCGUUAUCGCAGGAGAAAAGAGCGCUGGAAAAUAAGCUGCGGAGGCUGAAGGAUCCAGAGAAAGCAAAGAUAUAUGAUGAUUCAACAAAGAAAAUUGUAAAACCAGAGAAGAAAAAAGACAAAGGAAAAAUGGAGGAAGCUGAAUGGAAGAUGGGUGCCACAAAACAGUUGAAAAUGAAAGAAGAUUUUCAAAAUGUUCAGAAAUUAGCAGGUAAUCUGGAAUCUGAGAAUAGAAUCCUUUGGGAAAAACUGAAAGUGGCCUUGGAGGAAGCUGAAAGAGCUAAACAUCAACUGGACAAUUUCCUCAAUCAGCAGAAAACCAAGGCAAUAUUGGAAAGGGGAAAAAUAAAAAUGAAAGGUGAAGACUCAGUCGAGAAAAGAGGAGGAAAAUUAAUGUUAGGACGGAGGAGCAGUGAUGACAUCCACAGAUAUCCAGAGAUAACAGCAGGUGAAUUUAGAAGAUCAAUUGGAGAAAGCUCAGAGAAGGAAAGGGCUGACUCCACACUUUCGAAUCUGUCGCAGUACUUGGGGUCUGAAGGAUAUAGCCUGUGGGAAAUGCCCCUCGAAAUUGCAGCUGCUAAACGUGCUGCCCACUUAUCCAGCAGAGGAUCCCGAGACUCACAGGGGCUUCUGGCCACCGAAGCACUGCCUCCAGGCAGCACGAGAGUGAAGCUGUCCUUCACAGAACCCACUGCCCCUGGUACAGGGGAUGCACAGGUCGAUGUUUCAGAAGAGGAAUUACGAAAGAAGGACAAAAAAGACUCUCAAGGUGAAAAUGUACUUGACAAACAAUCUUCAGCCUCAGAAUCCCAAGGGCGAAAAGUAAAGCAAAGAAUUGUUAAGGGGGAUAGACGCAAAGCAUUCCUUAUAAACCCAACAUCACCUGAAGACAUGAUUUUGAUGGCAAGAAGAGAAUCUGAAACUGAAAGCAUAUAUGAGACUAUUGGUGAGGAACCGGAUGAAAAUACUGUGAGUGAGCAGUCUGAAUAUCAAGAUGCAAAACGAGAAGGGAAAGUGAAAAAGAAAAGAAUUUCCAAAGGGGAGACACUGUCCACUCAUUAUGAAGAACUGAAUGAAAAUACUAUAGGAAGACAUCAAGAAUCAAUGUCAAAAUCCAGACUUCAGGAACAGAAAGAUAGCGUUUCUAGUGGGGAACGUGUCACCACUCAGAGCAAAAAAACGGAGGAAAAUCUUAAACAUCAGCCUGAAGACUCAGUAGCAAAAACACAGAAAGGAGUAAAGAAACAAAGAAAAAGUAAAGAAGGAAAACCCAGUUACAGCAAAGAAGAGCCUUAUGAAAAUCUUGUGGUUCAGCCUCAACAUUCAACAUCUAAGUCAGAAAUUGAGGCAAAGACACAAAGAGCUUCCACAGGGGAAGUGUUUACUACUCCUUAUAAAGUUUCGGGUGAAAAUCUUGUUGAACAUCAAGAUGCAGACUCACAGCUCGAAAUCCACACGGAAGAGCAAAAUGUGUUCACUGACGAAAGAGCAAUCCCUCUUGAAACCCAGGAAAAGGAAAUCUCACUUGAGGCUGUAGUGCCUGAGGAGCAUGCUGUACUCCCAAGACGGGAAUCUCAAGUGAAGACACCUGAGCCUGUUAAAAAAGAAAGUCUCAAAGUUCAGACUGUAGAAGAAAAGUCAGAUGACUAUAUUAAACCUGAAGAUAAAUUUGCAGUGCUAAAAAGCCCACCUCAAGUUACAAAAACUGAAUCUUUGAAAAUUGAUAACAUACUGAGUAGUCAGAGGGUGGUUCAGGAGGCAGAUCAGCAUGUUUUGCCCUCAGAGUCAAAACCAAAAGAUCAUACUCAAAUGAGUGAAGCCAGAAAUGCCCAACUGAAAACACCUGAUCAUGACCUGACUAAGCUCCCAGAAGAGAGUUUUAUACUUAAAGGUGUAGAAACAGGACACAAGGUUCAAAUCAAAACAAGUGAUUCUAAGCAACCUCGAAUAUUGACAACUAAACAUGAAACAAUGCCAGAACCUCCAAAUAAAGUGAAAAGUGUUCCAGUAUCUGGUACAUCAAUAGAUGACCUAAUACUUCACUUAGGAUUAGACAAAGUGAUUGAGUUUGUUCAGUUGUUGAUUGCCAUGUUCACUGAACUCUGUUCAGAAAAGAUAGGUGAUGUGACAUCAGAUUUCAUUGAAUUUGCAGAGACCUGCUUUAUGGCCUGUUACAUUGUCUAUCUUUAA